AUGAGGAUUCGGCAAAGAGUGCAUAUUCGCCUCAAAUGGGAAACAUGCUUUCCUCAGAAGAUGGAAACACGUAUGCAAUAUAACUACGAUGAUGUCGUUCAUUUCAUGUUACCACAUCCUUCUGUGCUAAUUAUUGGUGAUGAAAAGUCUGACGUUCAGUCUGGUCAGCUGAUAACCCACUACCGCCACUUGGUAAUCGACCGCUCACUUCUCGCAGAUGAAUUGUCGUGGAUGAGCGUUUCGCUUUCCAUGACAUGA